CCGGAUGAACUGGCCCUUUCGUCUUGGGUCGAGUCGGGGGUGGUGACGCAGAAGGGACCGCCGCUGGCGGUUGAGUGUGUGUACUGAAUCGGUGACAGUCUUAUCCAUGCGUUUACUGUUAACCUUAUUGAUAAUGAAAUUAACUACAAAAUAUACAAGGUCAAACAAGCUAUCCUGGUCACACACGUCGGCUAUCUGGACUGUCUGCCAAGGACAGUGGACUAGUCGUUAGUGAGAGGAACAUUGUUCUACUCUUUGGCCCACCUUCCAAUAGAUCUGCUGUUCUUCUUAUUUUUGUAACGCUAUUGCCAUUAGAAUAAAAGCCUUCGAAAACCGGAAUGUCUCUCCAAGUUCGAUAUGUGUGCUUUGUCUUGAUGUGUAUUUUACAAUUAGCUCAGACUCUUAGAGAACAUGAGAUUCAAUGCAAAUUUCCGAAUGAAACAAGGAACAUGUCUCCUUGUGAACAUGGGUGCCAAGAUGGCUAUCGAGGAAAACACUGCAGCAUACAGUGUUAUAUGAACUGUUUUUCAUGUAAUCGCAAGACCUCGCAUUGUGAAGGAAAGUGUGUAGAGGGACAUUAUGGACCAUAUUGCACGCUCCUGUGCUUUGAAAAUUGCCGUGUUUGUGAUAUUUCUGGCAACUGUGUGAAUUGUAAAAACAACAAUGUUACAGGCCCGCAUUGUGAGACCCCGAUUCUUCAGCCCAACAGCCUCACGACAACCACACCUAUGAAUCCAGAUGUUACUGUGAAGCCACCGCUACCUUGGUACACCAUUGGCACCAUCCUCUUCUCCGUAGUUAUGGGUAUUGUGAUUGUGUCACUAUCUCUGUAUUGCUGCUACGUGAAUACCGACUGGUUACAUAUAUGUAGACGAAGUCAUAAAAACUCUACAAAUGAUGUCGAGACUAAAGCAUUGAACGGCUCUUGUGGAAAUGCUACAAAUGAUGUCGAGAUGAAUGCUUUAAAGGACUCUUGUGGAAAUGCUACAAAUGAUGUCGAGAUGAACGCUUUAAAGGACUCUUGUGGAAAUGCUACAAAUGAUGUCGAGAUGAAUGCUUUAAAGGACUCUCAUGAAAACGCUACAACUGAUGAUGAGGUGGAAGGUGACGCCUGUUGAAAAUCUGUAGGUGAGAGGGAAACCCAAAAAUGGACAAGAAAAAAGCCAGAGCUGUGAUCAAGUAUCUGCAUAAAAUGGGAAUGACCCCCAAGGAAAUCCACGAAGACGUGGUCAACACACUUGAGGACUCCCCUUGCUAUUCUACUAUAAAGAAGUGGGUUGCUAAUUUCAAGCACUGAAGUUAAAGGAGACUUAUGUUGAAAAAUAAUGCAAGAACAAUCUUUCUGAACUUUUUGAAGUACCUUGGUAUCUAUGCAACAUGAACUUAGAUUUUAAUAGCAAUUUAUUUUUAUAUUAAAAAUAACGUGCCAA